GCCAAGAUGGCGGCGGCCAGCUGAGCGUUCACGUGGUGCGCUCCCGGUGCCGGUGCCCGCAGCCAUGUCGGGCCGCCAGGGCAACAAACUGCCCAGCAACUUACCCCAGCUGCAGAACCUCAUCAAGCGCGACCCCACUUCCUACACCGAGGAGUUCCUGCAGCAGUACCACCACUACCAGUCCCAUGUGGAGAUCUUCACCUUCCAGCCGGACAAGCCCAGUAAGGAGCUGGCCGAACUGCUCAUGUUCUUGGCGCAGGUCGCCCACUGCUACCCCGAGCACAUGGCCAGCUUCCCGCAGCAGCUGAAGGAGCUGCUCUCCUACCACCACACGGUCCUGGACCCCGAGCUGCGCAUGACCUUCUGUAAGGCUCUGAUCCUGCUGAGAAACAAGAAUCUAAUACAUCCCACGAGUCUGCUGGAGCUCUUCUUUCAACUGCUGCGGUGUCACGAUAAGCUGCUCCGAAAGACCCUGUACACUCACAUUGUGACAGACAUCAAGAAUGUCAAUGCUAAACACAAGAACAAUAAAGUGAACACGGCGCUGCAGAACUUCAUGUACACCAUGCUGAGAGACAGCAAUCCCACUGCUGCCAAGAUAUCUCUGGAUGUGAUGAUAGAGCUUUACAGAAGAAAUAUUUGGAAUGAUGCCAAAACAGUCAAUGUCAUCACAACUGCCUGCUUUUCCAAAGUGACCAAGGUAUUAGUUGCUAGUUUGAAGUUCUUCCUUGGGAAAGAUGAGGAUGAGAAACAGGACAGCGAGUCAGAGUCUGAGGAUGAUGGCCCCACGGCCAGAGAUCUGAUGAUGCGCUAUGCAACCAACAAGAAAACCACCAAGCGCAAGAAGAAACUGGAGAAAGCCAUGAAGGUCCUCAAGAAACAGAAAAAGAAGAGCAAGCCAGAGGUGUUCAACUUCUCUGCCAUUCACUUGAUUCAUGAUCCCCAAGACUUUGCUGAGAAACUGCUGAAGCAGCUGGAGAACUGCAAGGAGCGAUUUGAAGUGAAAAUGAUGCUCAUGGACCUAAUAUCCAGGCUUGUUGGAAUACAUGAGCUUUUCCUGUUUAAUUUCUACCCCUUUGUUCAGAGGUUCCUCCAGCCCCAUCAGAGGGAAGUGACAAAGAUUCUUCUGUUUGCUGCACAGGCUUCACAUCAGCUGGUACCACCUGAGAUUAUCCAGUCGGUGUUGAUGACCAUUGCCAAUAACUUUGUCACAGACAAGAAUUCUGGGGAGGUCAUGACUGUAGGAAUCAACGCAAUAAAAGAAAUCACUGCGAGGUGUCCCUUAGCCAUGACUGAAGAUCUGCUCCAAGACCUUGUUCAGUACAAGACACAUAAAAAUAAAAAUGUGAUGAUGUCUGCAAGAACUCUGAUACACCUGUUCCGCUCUCUGAAUCCAGAGAUGCUGCAGAAGAAGUUCAGGGGUAAGCCUACUGAGGCCUCUGUGGAAGCCAGGAUUCAUGAAUAUGGAGAACUGGAUGCCAAAGAUUACAUUCCAGGAGCAGAAGUACUGGAGGUUGAGGAUCAAAAGGAAAAGGGAGGAACCCGAGAGGAAGAUGGCUGGGAAAGUGCUAGUCUGAGUGAGGAGGACAACGACGAUGGAGAAUGGAUUGAUGUGCAUCACUCCUCAGAUGAGGAGCAGCAACAAGUAGCAGAAAAAGUAAAAAGCAUGCCCAUAGAGGAACGAAAAGCCAAAGCUGCAGCAAUCAGUACGAGCAGGCUGCUGACUCAGGAAGACUUCAAGAAAAUACGUCUUGCCCAGCUUUCCAGAGAACUUAAUUCUGCACCUGGCAAAGCUGCGAAGCGGAAAUAUAUUGAAAUAGAUGAUGAAGAGGAGGAGGAGGGCAGGGGGGAGUUGCUCUCACUCAGAGAUAUUGAACAUCUGCAUAAGAAGCCCAAGUCAGACAAGGAGACCAGACUGGCAACUGCAAAGGCUGGAAAAACAGACAGAAAGGAGUUUGUGAGAAAGAAGACCAGAAUUAACCCAUUUGCCAGCUCUUCCAACAAAGAAAAGCAAAAGAACAAGAACUUCAUGAUGAUGAGAUACAGCCAUAGCGUCCGGACCAAGAACAAGCGUUCCUUUAGGGAGAAACAGCUGGCUCUUAGAGAUGCACUUCUGAAAAAAAGAAAACAGCUGCUAAAAUAAAUGCUGGACAGAACUUCAUCACCCUUGAAGAAUUCACGCUGGAGAUGCUUAUUUCCACCCACCAUUGCCCUGAGAGAAAGGAGGACAGUGGUGCCUUAUGGAUUUAGCUCUGAUCUGUUCAGAAAUGCAAAUGGAACUCUUGCAAGCUGGUGGAUACUGCAUCAACGGGACAGAGGCCUUAAUCUUGGAUAAUUGGAAUUUGUUUUUAAAGCAUUUUAGGGAAGAAGACAAUUAUAUUUUUAUUUCAUGUAAUUUACUUACAUUGGGUUUUAUAUACGUAAGUAUUAAACUACACAACUGUAUGGUUAAAAUUCUACUUGAGGCAAUUAAUGACUAAACAACAGGAAGGAAAAAUAAUCUUCUGGUCUGUCUAUAAUGCAUGUGGAUAUGAUGUCUGUGCCUAUCUUAGGGGAAUGAGUGUACAGAUGGAGUGAGCUGUUGUCUGAGCAGCUGGCUUUGACCAAUUUAAUAAUACCAAAUUGAUCUGUGAUGCAGGUAAAAUUCAUUUAAGAGUUGUAUCGGGAGAUAGGGUUUUUUGGUGCCAUUUAAAUACAAAAACAAUAUCACAUGCCAGAGAAAAAAGGAAUAUUUUCCUGUAGUGGUGUGCCUUCUGGUGGGACUUGCUGGUGUCUCUUGGCAAGUACACAAAAGAAUCAUGUGGAUGUCUGGAUUCUUUGUCUAAGGCUGAACUUGUGCUUUAGCCUUGACCUCUGUUGGAACUGUUAAUGGGUUCUUUGUUCCCUGCCCAGCCACCUGUUUUAAUGGAGUUGAUAAAGUAUUUAUACCUUGCUUUUUCAAAGUAUGCUAGAAAUGCAUUUCUUUGUGGUGCAGGAACAGGUGCCACAUGCACAAUAUAGUGGAAAUGCAUUUGAUGCGGUGCUUUUUUCCUUUCUUUUUAGGAAGCCAAAUUAAUGUUGAUAUUUCAUAUGGGAAUUCAAUUGGUUUAGCUAUUUGUUGAAUAUGUAUUUGUAAUAACUUUCAUUCUCUCUUGUAUGGAUUUUUUUGUUGGUUUUGCUGUCACUCUGCUUCCUAGAGCAAAAAAACUUAGAGAAACUCAAGGGAGAGAAGGACAAAGUAGGAUUUAUUUUUUACAGCUUUCAGUGUUUCAUUCAAAUUGUGUGUUCCUGCUGAGGGAAGGGCAGGGAUUGGUGCUCGGCAAGGAGAGCAGUGAGCUCUCAGGUGGAGGAGCACGUGUAGCUGGG